UCCUUGAAGCUUCGCGAACAAGUGGCUGAUGCCGUGGAGCGCGUGAAAGUGGUGGCAGACGGUAUACAGGAGGACUUCGUGCAGGAAAGACAACGCCGAGCAGACGAGGCCUCCUCGGUGGCGAACGCUGCCGAGUCCUUCGGACGAAAGCAGCUUGAGGAGUUGAGGGAACACUUUGUGAAGGAGCUCGUAGCUGCAGAGGGCCGCAUGCUGAACCAAGAGUCCUCGGUGCGCCAGUUCGCGACGGAGCAAGCUGGGCAGCUUUGGGUAUCGGUGCAAGAUCUGCAGGAAGCCACAAAGAAGUUGGAGAAGCGGACAGCCGAGCUGGCAGACACGAGCUU